AGGUGGUGCGGCUCCUCAGUAACUGGUGGAUCGUUCCAACCCGUUCCUCAGAACGGGCGAAAGUAUGCGAUGGGGAGAGCUGUGGUGAUGAUUGCCAGUCGUCAUGUGUCAAAUGUAUACGCAGGGUGUGAGCACGUUUCCGUUCGUUGGGUGGAUGUUUUCGAUACCAUCUCCAGCUACUCACUGGACAUUGUGUGGGUUGUCCGCAGCCCCUAAUAACUUUACUCUCUUGUAUUUGAAGGCGAGUGGCAUUUCGCGGUAUGGACAGGGCAUCAGUUUGAUGUGUCAUUAAAAGAUUGGAUAUAGCUAGGUUUAAUUAGUCUAAAGGAGUGGAUAGAGUUGAAACGGGCUGGAACUUUCUCUAG